AAGUUUACAAGUUUGACAUUUAGUAACUCGGUUUUCUUCGAUUAUAAACGAUUAUUUACAUUAUUUAUUGACGGAAGUCAGUAAGUUCGAUUUCCAAUUUUGAAAUCAAAACCUGAUACCAAAAUACAAGUUAACUAGCCUUAUUUACUAUCUUGUUUGAUUGUAAAUAUUGUAAUUCCAAAAAUCCUGAAGACCAGAACCUCUGUAAACGUACUUAUGUAAGUGAAUCUUGUUGCUUUUUGGGAAGAUUGAAUAUUAUGCGACCACAAAGACGGAGGAACGUUAACAACCUCGACUCAAUCUAGGCGUAGGAUAGGUCACUUUGACCUUAGUAUGCGGGUUUGCUCACAGCCAUAAAAGACUACAAUUAUGAAAAAUAUGAAGAAAGUGCAACAAAAUGUACAGACUACGCAUCUUCAUCCUCCACAAAAGUCUAUAUCGUUUAUGGAAAGAACAAUUGCAGAAUUGAGUGAAUUUGCAAAGUCGAAAUCCUUGUUGUCUUCUGCUCCAAACUCUACAAGGAAAAAAUCUGCAACCCAAUCAAUGUUAAACGUCUCUGGAGGCAAAAUCAGGUGCGCACCAUCAAGUUGCUGGUCAAUGCCUCAAUCAGAAAAUAAGACACAAUUUGAUACUUAUCUAAACCAAAAGAAAAUGAAGUUCAGUUCGGAUUCAGAUUCAGAUUCUUCGUCUAAUAUCUCAAAAAAUAGUCCAAGACUCACAAGCUCUACUGCUGAUGAUGAAGAUUUUGAAAUUUUUCAGCACACUGUGAAUUGCAUUGAAAAAAUACAAAAACUUAAGGAACCAAAGACCUCGAAAUUAGCAAAUCUUCCGAAUUCUUUAUCGUCAUCGGAGGAUACUAGUAUUUCUGAUUUGGAUGAUUCGGCUUUGCUUCAGCCCCCUUGCUCGAGCUCAUCUACUCUGGUGUCCAAAAAUAUUGAACAAACAAUAGAUUUAACCUCAAGUUCUGAUGAUGACGGAUAUGAUGCAAAUCUUCCCCAAAGUGAUUUACGACAGAGAUCUGUGAGCACGGAUUUUGCUCUUCAAGAUAAUGUUUCAAAAGUCCGAUCGCCGCAUACUCCUCGAGCACAGAGUUUGUCAGGAACCAGAAAUGUGCCAGCGAUAAAGAGGAAAGUUAAAAUAUCUACUUAUUGUCCUCCUGCGAUUUUAUGCAGCAGUAGCGACGACAGUGACACUGACUCUGACAACCCUCCGCCUCGGAAAGCUUCUAAUACCAUUAUUAACAACAAGAGAAUAACCACUAGUUCUAAUGCUUCUCCACACACGCACAUCCGUCCCAGCUUAAAACCUAAUCCAUCGAGUAGAUUAUUGGAUACUUUUUCUAAUUCAGUAACAAAAAGUACUAAGUUCGUCCUCGGUACGAAAUUUCAAGAGGUUCCUAGUGCCAAUACUAAUGAGAAGCUUCCACUCUCUAGAACAAAUUCCCGUUUACACGUACAAAUCUCUUCGGAUUCAUCCUCGGACUCUGACUGUCCUCCUCCUCGUAGAAGUUCAGCGACCUUAACCGUCCCGGGAUCUCGACCUUCUUCUACUUAUAAUAAAGCCUUGGCGCAACCUCUAAAUUUUCGUAACGAAACCCUCUCUUCUUCGACCGGUGACUCUAGUUCAAGCUCAGACGACGACGACGUGCUGCCUGGGUCAACUUCGAGGUUGAAAACACCUUCACCAAAACGAACCAAUAGAGUACAAAGGAUUACAAAUAACAACAAUACUUCUGUUUUGCCACCAUCUUCGCCAAAUGUCCGAAUAGAAACAACCAAUAUAAAAUUUCAAUCCGAAACCAAACGACGGUCACGCGGUAACAUAACGAAACAAAAAGUAAAAUCAGUCGGGAUCUUGACGAUACACGAUGAUAAAGAUGAUAGUGAAAGCGAUCGGUUAAAAUACUCACUUCUGAAUAGCAAGAUUAAUCAACCAGCAGAUCGAUGUGAAAUCAUAUCAACAACUCCUGUAGUAGCUGAAGACAUUACUAAGGACGAUCCUAAAAGGUCCAACAAUCCAACAUCGUCAAAGGACACCUGUGAAGGAGAAAGUUCAAUUCUCGUACAACAGAGCGAUACAUCUCAUCUGAUCGAGUUGGACACUUGUAACCCACCGACUAAAGCUAAGGAUAUUAUUUCAAAACAGGAUAUUGAGGAUUUUAUUAAAAAACAACUAAAAAAUAAAUUUACGUGUCCAAUUUGUAAAGAAAGGUUUGUCACUAAAACCGUACUGGCUCAUCAUACGAGUCGGAAGCAUACAGGAGAGACAUUUUUCUGGUGCGGUGUAGAUAAUUGUACCAAGUCCUUCGUGAGGAAAUGUGAUUUGUAUCGUCAUCAAAGAUGUGUACAUGCUUCGAAAGCACUGAAAAUUCCUGUUAAGUAUUCUCACAAAAAUAGUGAUCCUUCUGUUGACCAUCAAUCCACUAAUGUUCUGUCUGAAGAUAAAAUGUUCACAUUUAGAUGUAAUAUUUGUGACAAGAUUAUGAAAAACCGACGGAAUUUAGAAAUUCAUGUUGACACCCACUAUGAAAAUGAGCACCGAUGUGAUAUAUGUGGAAACAAAUAUUCCCAGAGAUGUUAUCUCAAACUCCACCAAACGAUGCAUGAAGGGAAAAAGAGAUUUCCAUGUCCAGAAUGUAACGACUCUUUUCUUAAAUUUUUUUCGUUGAAAAAACAUCUCGAGCGUUUUCACAACUUUGGACCAGGAAAUAAAACAAUAAAAGCACAACAACAAACCACCUUUCCUUCCAGUGAUCCCUGUAAAUAUUAUACGCGUCAACAACGCAAAAUUAUAUUGCAGGAAUUAGAAACUUUGCAACAGGAUGUGGAACCCCCAGGCACAGAGUACCAUCAUUACGAUAUGUUUACUGACUCGACUACAGUAGCUGUAGAAAAUGAAGCAUGAAAUAAAAAAUGUAUUAAUGUAUUAUUGCAAUUUGAUGGCAAAACAUUGCUAAAAUGUAAAUGUUCUGAACUUAGUAUUAUGAAAUUUAAAUUGUCCCAAUUACAAUUUUUCUUAGAGGAAUUAGCUUGAAAUUAAUUUAAAUGGACUUUUUAUAACUAGAGGAAUUGCAAAUUUAUAUUUGUAUACUUAAGUGUGUAUCUAAUAAAGUACAGCGCAGUCAUACUUUUCAUAAUA